AUGGUUCAGGAAAAGGCAAAUGUACUCAUUCUAGGUGGUGUUGGCUUCAUUGGGAGAAACUUUAUUCAUUACUUGUUAAUGAACAAUCUCGUUUCAAAUAUACGUGUUGUUGAUAAAGUUUUACCACAAACUGCUUAUUUAUCCGAGACAUUUAAAAAGGACUUUUCUAAAAUAGAAUUUAAACAAGCUAACUUGAUCAAUCCAGCUUGUUUUAAUACUGAGGAUGGAAAAGAAUUUGACUAUGUUUUCAAUUUUGCUGCAGAAACAAAAUAUUCGCAAGUACCUGAAAUUUAUCAUGAGCGUAUUUUUAAUUUGUCAGUUAAUUGUGCUAAAGAAGCAGCGAAAAGAAAAGUGAAAUUAUUUAUUGAAAUGUCAACUGCCGAGGUGUAUGAUAAUAGUAAUCGUGAAGCCUCUAUAGAAACAUCAAAAAUUAAACCUUGGACUAUUAUUGCGGAACAUAAAUAUAAAGCUGAAGAGGAGUUGAAAAAAAUAAAAGGUUUGAAUCUAUUAAUUCUUCGUCCCGCAGUUGUUUAUGGUCCUGGUGCUGUUUUAGGCUUAACGUCUAGAUUGAUUAUUGGACGUAUAUAUCAAUAUCUUAAUGAAGAAAUGAAACUGCUUUGGUCAAAAGAUCUUAAAUUGAAUACAGUACAUGUAGAUGACGUUUCAAGAGCAUGUUGGCAUUUAACUCAAUGGUAUAUAGAGAAUGAUAUUAGUCUAUCUGGUCAAAUUCCUGUAUUUAAUUUGGUAGACAAACAAGAUACAGAUCAAGAAGUCAUUAAUAAACAAUUACAAUAUAUCUUUCAUAUUAAAACUGGCUACUAUGGAAGCGUUGUUUCAAGUUUUGCAAAGAUGAACUUGAAUGAUGUUAUUGAAACUGUCAAUGAAAAGCAUUUAGCUCCUUGGGCAGAGUUGUUACAUAAAAAUGGUAUAAGCGUUACACCAUUAUCACCUUAUCUGGAUGAAGAACUCUUAUACAAUAAUGCAUUAUAUGUUGACGGUUCAAAGAUUGAAAAAGAAACUAACUUUACUUAUUCAGUUCCUUACCUUAAACAGGAAAAAUUAAUCGAGAUCAUUAAUGAGUAUGAAUCAUUAAAUGUUUGGCCAAAGAGUAAUAAUUAAAAAUAAUGCUUGUAUAUGUAUGUAUUAAACAAAUAAUAAUAAUAAAGGCCAUUUUAAACCUUUAUUUAUACUGCAUAUUAAAAUAAAUAGUAUCAUGCUGUAUUGCAAGGAAUAAGUUUUAUAUGUGUAUUUAUAGUAAAAGCAUUGUAAUGAUGGCGUGAUAGAAUUGUAUGUACAUAUAUGUGCGUGUGUUUGUAGGUAUACUACCAUAAGACUAUAUGUUUUUAAUGUCGUAUAUCAUUUAUAUAAAGGCUUUUAUGAUAUGAAAAGCUUUGAUUCUUCUAUUCUAUAUAUACGAUAACACUAUUCUGGGAUACAUACUUUGACUUAUAAGUCUUUAAAUUAAUUAAUAUUAAAUAGUAAAUGUCUAUACUAUUGAUAUAAAUAUCAUUAAUGUAAAUCGUCUGAAAAAACGCUUUCAAUUUUAAAUCGUCACAUAACUCUAUA